AUAAUCUAGAAACCAAUUUCUUUUUAAAAGAAACUUUUUGAUGAACUUGUCUUCCGGUUUAAUGGCGACCCUAUUGAACUAUGUAAACAAUAUCAAGAGUCGUCCACUGCCUCGUGAGUGACCGGAGUAGCCCUGGACAUAGGUCAGGUUAUGAUAUGAGCACCUGUGCCAAUAUCAGAUGACCGACGGUUUUGCCGACCACUGGACCACCAACAAGUACAGGGACAGCCGUGAAGACGUUGCUAGCCAGCUGCAGGGUCAUAAGUUCAGGGGUCACGGGUGCACGCUGUUUUACGACUGCCUCGAACCGAGCGAUGACGUCAUAUCCGCUGAUACAUCCCAGCUGUGGGCGGGGCUUCACGUUGUCGUGGACGACAGCGGCGAUGCCUCCAACGAGCCCGCUGACUUCGGCUCGGAGACAUACGUUACAGAUGGCUUCAGUUACGGCGACAUCCCGCUAGUGGCCCAAAGCCCUAAGAGCGAUGUCCUCCUACGCGAUUCUGAGAGCUUAGUAGAACAGCGCAAUCGCCUGGACGAAGGCUUGCAUGCGAAAUGCAGUACAGAUUGCCUAAACGUUGACAUCACUCUGUCGGAAAUUCAACAUUGUAAGAAGUGCGAAACAUCAGAAAUAGAAAAACAAGGUUGUAGCUUAUCCCUAGAGUCUCACAAAGAGCAUCAGAGACAUAAGCAUAUAGGUACUGCAAUAAACAGUAGGCAUUCCAGUAGGCAUAGGCAUAUAGGUACUGCAAUAAACAGUAGGCAUUCCAGUAGGCAUAGGCAUAUAGGUACUGCAAUAAACAGUAGGCAUUCCAGUAGGCAUAGGCAUAUAGGUACUGCAAUAAACAGUAGGCAUUCCAGAAGGCGUAGGCAUAUAGGUACUGCAAUUAACAGUAGGCAUUCCAGUAGGCAUAGGCAUAUAGGUACCGCAAUAAACAGUAGGCAUUCCAGUAGGCAUAGGCAUAUAGGUACUGCAAUAAACAGUAGGCAUUCCAGUAGGCAUAGGCAUAUAGGUACCGCAGUAAACAGUAGGCAUUCCAGUAGGCAUAGGCAUAUAAAUACUACCGUUAGAAGCCGAAAUUCCGUUGAUUUCAGCUCUUUAAAGAGAUAUCAUUUAUUUUCUCCACACUCAGGAAAGAGGAAAUUUGUUGUUAGAAGAAGCAAAUAUCUGAAAGGUAAAGUAAGAACAAAAAAUGACGUAUUAUUUACAGACUCCACCUGCAGUGAGCUCUGCAGUGAUCAUUCUCUUCACAAAAAACUCACUGCGGAACGUACUCUUCGAUCUUCCUUCUCUGAAACUAAUGUUGUCACUAAGUGUUAUGUUUGGAAUGAGUCCUCAAGUACUUCCUGCGCCAGACUUUGCUGUAACAGUGUUCCAGAGAACGAAGUCAUCAAACAUUCUGAGAAUGCUCAUCACCUUCAGUGUGAAUAUGACAAAACGAGCUUGCAUUUAACGACAAAAGCAAACUACUUAAUUGGCUGCCAUCUCGGCAGUCAAGAAAACAACCAAAUGUCAAGGGAACUGAUCUUGAACGACAGCAAUAUAAACAAAGAAAUUAGUACACUGAUAGGUAACUUAAAUAGAGAACUACAAGUCAGGUCAUCAAAUGUGCACAGGUCUGAGCUUGAUGGACGAUUACACUUAGAAAAUCCAAUUUCACUUACAAACGAUACAGGUUUAAACUGGAACUCCAACGCAGAAGAACACUUACGCCAUGAGGAGGACGAUGAGUACUUAGAGUCCAGACUGACUGACCCCAUACUGACUAGCAAGCUGCAGAAGAUUCGAGAGGAUCGAGAGGGCCUCAUGUUUGUGGUGAAUCUGCUGCUCACCUGGAACAUCAUUCAGCUGCUGGUCCUCUUUGCAACGCUCUUUUACGCAUGUAUCUGCAUAUGCAGCUUCCGGAAAGUUUUUGGCUGCGGGGAGUUGUGCUUACUCAAGCCAAAGCCGCAACCGAAAAGUGCGAAGAAAAGGUGGUGGAGUACUUGAAUAAUACUCUUUUUAAAGUAUUGGAAAUGAAAGCAUAAACAAUUGUAUGUUUGGUUCAUCAUUGUAAAAGACUUGGACUUAUUGUGAUAGAUUCUUAAAAAAAAUAUAUAAAGUAUCCU